AUGCAAUCGCGAGCUGCUGUACUUCUACUUGGAAACCCCUCGUCUCACUUCAGUUCUUCCCUCUACUCAUUGCUCUUCUCUUCAUGAAAACACCAUGAAGCUUUCCUUGAUCCUCAUCAGCGCAGUUGGCGUGCAUGCUUCUCUACGAGAGCGUGAUUUUGGGCAGGCUCACAACCAUAAGAAAUACGUCAAACGUCAAGAUGUAGUCCCGUUCCCUCCAGUCCUAGACACGAAUGAGCAAUUGCUUGUCAAUUCCUUUGAUAAUGCUACAAUUGCAACAUGGGAAUACUACUACUCUCAUGGAGCGCAUCUUGCUGGAACGAACAAGACUCAGGCUCAAUGGACGGCUGACCGGUGGGCCGAGUUUGGAUUCACCUCUAGCCUAGCUGAGUACUAUGUCUUCCUUGACUACCCGAUUGGACAAUCUCUGCGGCUCGACUAUAGCAAUGGCACCUCACAUGAUGCGUCUCUAGAAGAAGAGGUUCUUGCGGUCGAUGAUACAACCAGCUAUCCGAACCGCAUACCCGUGUUCAACGGGUACUCAUUCUCAGGCAACGCAACCGCCGAAUAUGUCUACGUCGGGAGAGGACAAGAGGUCGAUUUUGUACGCCUGGAAGAACUCGGCGUUGAGCUGGAAGGCAAAAUAGCACUCACGAAAUACGGAGGGCCCUUCCGUGGACUAAAGGUCAAAAACGCCCAGAACCAUGGCAUGAUCGGGGCUAUCAUCUUCACCGACCCCGACGGCGACGGCAACAUCACCGAAGCAAACGGAUACAAGGCGUAUCCGGAUGGGCCUGCUAGGAAUCCUACCAGUGUACAGCGAGGUACCGUCGAGUUUCUGAGUACCUAUGCUGGUGACCCUACAACCCCUGGGUAUCCGUCCAAGUUUGAUUCUCCUCGUUCUGAUAGAUUUGUGGUAACGCCUCAUAUUCCGUCCAUUCCAAUUUCCUGGCUUGAUGCACAGCCUAUACUCCAAGCCUUGGACGGACAUGGAUUCACGGGUGAGGAGGUGAAUCGUACUGGUUGGGUGGGAGCAAUUGGUAAUGUUACGUACAGUACCGGGCCUGCUCCUGGUACUACUCUUUUCUUAGAGAACGAGUUGGAAGAGAAGUACACUUACAUCUGGAAUGCGAUUGGUAUUAUCAAUGGAACGAACGAAGAUGAGGUUGUGAUCGUCGGCAAUCAUCGUGAUGCCUGGAUUGUAGGGGGUGCCGGUGAUCCCAAUUCUGGCUCAGCCGUCAUAGUCGAGCUAUCCAAAGCCUUCGGUAAACUGCUAGCUACCGGCUGGAAGCCUGCUCGCACCAUCAUCCUUGCAAGCUGGGAUGGCGAAGAGUACGGCACAGUCGGGAGCACAGAAUGGGUAGAAGAGUACGUACCCUGGCUCACCGAGGCUGCCGUAACGAACAUCAACGUCGACAUCGCUACCUCUGGCCCAUACCCAUACAUAGACGCGACCCCCGACCUCCAUGCGAUUGCUACCACCAUCAUGAAGAAGAUCAUCUACCCAGUCAAAGGGGUAACGAACCGAACUUUUUACGACGUCUGGUACGACUUCAAUGACGGCGAGUUCGGCGUUCUAGGCAGCGGUAGUGAUUUCGCCACCUUCCUCCACAAAGGCAUCAGCGCGAUUGACUUUGGCGCGGGUGGCGGUCCGGAGGAUCCAAUCUGGCACUAUCACUCGAAUUUCGACUCCUAUCACUGGAUGUCCACGUUGGGCGACCCUGGCUUCGUGACGCACAAGUCGAUCGGCCAGUUCCUAGCCUUGCUGCUUUACCACCUAGUCAACGACGACGUCCUGCCCUUAAAUCCAGCAGACUAUACGCCAGCGCUAGAGGAAUACUUCUCAGACCUGAACGAUACAGUCAUUUCCGCGAACAGCACAGUAGACCUGACCGAGCUCAGCGACGCCAUCGCUACUUUCAAGAACUACUCGUCUCAAUUCGAGCAACUCCGUGCUUUCGCUAUCUCUUCGAGUGACUCGGACUUGAUCAAGGUCACGAAUACUAAAGCGAAGGAUUUCAGUAGGGGCUUUGUGAGCCAGGGUGGGCUGCCGGAGAGGGAGUUUUAUCAGCAUUUGAUCUUUGCGCCGGGCAUUGAUACGGGAUAUGCGCCUGUCACGUUUCCGGCGGUUACGGAGGCGGUGGAGGCGGGGGAUUUAGAGUUGGCGCAGAAGUGGGUGGGAAAGACGGCUAAGGCGGUGCUGGUGGCGGCGGACAUCUUGAAGACGUAGAUGCGAGUGCUCGAUAUAGUUGGUAGAGGUCCUUUGGAGUACUCCGAACAGUGAAGAAAACGUAUGGUAGGCUGUUGGCGAUGCGCUGUAAUUAGGAGGUUAGCAAGUGGUUGGUCCGAUGCGGGAGUGUAAGGAGUGGAGCGGACUUCCAUAGAUGAGCCUAAUGACUACUACAUUGAUAGUUCAGCAUAAUAUUGCUGCACAGAACGAAUGAAAAAGAAUGAUUUCGAGCAUAAC